CUUUAGGAUCUUAUCAUGUAAAAAAUAAAUUACAGAACUAUAGACUAGCUGGUGAGAAGAAGAAUGUUAACUCAGUGGAAAAGAAACUGGCUUUGAGUAACAGUGAUGCUGAUGAGAAAAAAAGAAAGAAAGGGUGGAUGCAUUGUGUUUCUUGCUUGGUUUCUGGUUUACAUAUUGGAUCUCCCCAGUAAUGUCUUAACAUUAUCCUUAAAGUGUGACUCUCUUCUUCCAUGGACAGGGGCAAUACAAUUAACUAUGCAGAUGGAAGUUCAAAAUCAAUUGCAUGAACAACUCCUGGAGGUGCAACUGGUGCUUCAGCUAGGAAUAGAAGAGCAUCCUAAACACUUGGAAAAUAUGUUGGAAGAACCGAAGAAUCUCUGCCUCAGCCUUCAUCAUCUGCAAAGAGCCUAGCUUCUAAAUCCGAACACGAUAAAUGUGAAUCCUCUCAGAAACGUCGCAGGCUUUAGAACAACGCUGAGUCUGAAGAUCCUGAGAGAGGUAGCAGGUUUCUUCAAAUGUGGUUUGCUGUCUCUCUUGUUAUCCGAGAGACUCGGCGCUUAGACUCAGGUGACUCUUUGAAUCAUGGACAUUCAUGAUCACGGAGUUUGGGUGAACGAGAACGAAAGGCGUGUUAGAUGCAAACACUGCGGUAAAGAAAUGACCGGCUUGAACCGUCUCAAACGUCACUUGAGUGGUACGAGUAGCCGUAUGACUCCCUGUACUCAAGUUACACUGACCAUUAGAGAGGCGUUUCGUGAUGAGGUUACUAAGGAAGAGUCUGAUCUCACCGCUGCUAAGAGUAAAAGAGUUGGGGAAGUCCAAAUGGGUAAUGAUCAUAAGCGUGGAAGAGAAGAAGAAGAAGAAGAAGAGGAUUCAUCCAGAAAAAAUGAAUCUGCUGAGAACGAGUUCUUGUUGUCAAACAAAGCCCAAAAGUGCAUUGGUGAGAUGAAGCUUAAGAUCCCUGAUUCUGAAGAAUUAAACGGAUGUAUGCUUCAAGAAGCGGUGGAGGAAGUGCAAGAUCAUGUGAACAAGAUUAAAGACUCAUGGGCCAUCACAGGCUGCAGCAUCUUGCUGGAUGCUUGGGUUGACCAGAAAGGCCAUGAUCUGGUUACUUUCGUCGCAGACUCUCCAGCGGGUCCAGUGUAUCUGAACUCCUUCUAUGUUUCUGAUAUCAAGAAAGACGUCGCUGCCUUAACGUCGCUAGUGUAUGGGGUUGUUGAGGAUGUUGGAGUGCAUAACGUUGUUCAGAUCAUUGCUUGUUCAACCUCUGGCUGGGUUGGUGAGCUAGGCCAGUCUUUCAAGAGCAACAACCUAAACGUCUUCUGGUCCGUGAGUGUGUCCCACUGCUUCGAGCUUAUGCUGGUGGAAAUUGUGAAAAUGGAGUCGUUUAAAUACAUACUUGAAAAGGUCAGUAACAUCACAGAGUUCAUCAACAACAAUAGAGAAGAUUCUCAAGGCAUGACAGUCUCCUCCUCUGAGUUUGAGUUUGUUAAGCCGUAUCUCGCUGCAGGGACCAUUCUCAAAGCCAAGAACAACUUGGAAGCCAUGGUUGCUUCUCCAGAUUGGAACAAAGAAGAGGGGACAACAGUGUCCACACUGGUGAAGGAUUCUUCCUUUUGGGAAUGUGUUGAGAGGCUUGUGAAGUCCACAUCUCCUCUGAUUCGAAGCCUACACUUGUUCUCUACUGUCUACAACAGUCAGCAUGCUGGAUAUGUCUAUGACACUAUGGAUGGGAUCAAGGAGAGUAUAGCCAAGGAACUCAACAACGAGGAACUGUGUUACAAGCCGUUAUGGCGUGUGAUUGAUGAUGUCUGGAACAACCACCUCCACAGUCCUCUUCAUGUUGCCGGUUACUUUCUGAACCCGGCUGCUUUCUACUCGACUGACUUUCAGAAUGACACAGAAGUUACAACUGAUUUUAUCUCAGCAUUGGGCUAUUUAGUACAAGAAUGUCAAGUUAUAGCUAAAAUUGGCAGACAGCUUAAGAUGUAUAGGCUCGGUAAAGGUUGCUUUAAUGAGGCCAGUCAAGCUGAUAAGAUCACUGGAGUCAUUCCAGGUGAGUGGUGGGCUCAGAAGGCGAGCGAGCACCCAGAACUGCAGAGUUUCGCAGUUAAGGUUCUGAGCCAGACAUGUGAAGGUGCUUCGAGGUACAAGCUGAAGAGAAACGUAGCAGAGAAGCUGCUGCUCAGCAAAGGAGUGAGCCCUUGUGAGAAACAGCACUUGGAAGAAUUGGCAUUUGUUCAUUACAAUCUUCAUCUGCAAAGCUCAAAGCUGCAAAGCCAAACUAAGUGAAGGAGAUUGUGCUGCAAGACUUUUGUAUGGACUCUUUUUUUUUUUUUUUGUGGAUGUGCAUAUUUUAGUUUUUUAGUUUGUGUAUUCAUC